AUGUUGCGUGGAAAACUGAACAUGCAGCCUCUCCUAACAUCAAAGGCUAAAAUGUUCAUUGCAGCCAAGGUGACAAAAAACUACGUCUAUAAAGAUGACAAUACAGUCAUCAAUAUCCAGAACAAGAAGAUGCAAGAGCAUGCCCAACAGAUGAUGCACCAGGAACAACAACAACAACAGCAGCAGCAGCCUCCACCGUUGCUAGGGGGCAUGGUGGGCAGUCACUUGGCCACUCCCAUGUCUGGCCCACCCCCUCUCCUUGGCCCACCCCCAAUGUCACAGUGGCAGUCCACUGUCCCACCCCUUCUACCAAACACUGCGGUUGUGUCGGUCACUAUUGAGACUCCAUCACAGGUCCCAAUGCAGACGCCCCAACAGCAGGCGGUACAGCAGCAGCAGAUCCAGAACCAGUCUGGCCUCAACGACAGCCAGAUCAAGCAGUCCGAGCAGAACCUGGCUGCACAGUACACCAUCAUGCAGCAACAACAGUUCCAGAUAGAGGACCCGUUGGAGGCCAUGCGCCAUGAGGAGUUACAGCAGCUAGCUGCAGAGUGCAGCGUCUCCCUUGACGAUCUGAAUGUCACUGUGAAACCCAUCAUAGACUCAUGUACCAAGGACGCCAUACUUAGUGGUAAAAGCUGGAUAUUCCAACACUGCACCAGCGAUGCGCAAACCCAUUUGGUCACAAAGUACUUGCUAAGAAGGAUUGUUGCCAAGGAGGCCAGUUUUGAGCUGCGUCUGCACCUGAUUUAUCUCAUCAAUGAUCUACUCCACCACUGCCAGCGUAAGAAUGCUGACAUCCUAAAGGAACAGUUGGAAAGAAUUGUGGUGCCCGUGUUCUGUACAGCCCACGUGGGUGCCGGCGAUGACAAGAAGGCCAAACUCAACAAGCUGCUUACACUCUGGGAACAGAACAAGUACUUCUCCAUGGAGACAAUCGAGAAAAUGAAGGACCCAGACCAGGCCCUAUCCAAAUUUCAUGCUGACCUGCUGAUAGAGAAUGGUGGACUUGUGUCCCAGAUCAGCAGUGGGGUACAGAUGCAGUACCAGUCCCUGCAGAAACAGCACAAUGACUUCGUGACUCACCUACAGGCACAGCUGCAGCAGCUACAGUCACAUCUGUCACACCUGCAGACACAGCUGGCGCAGGCACAGGCUGCAGUGAUAACACAGUCCAUAGCUUCCCAGAUCGCAGUGUCAGCCCCGCCAUUAGACGUCAUCUCACAACAAACAUCAGAUGGUUUCCAGCCCAACCGCCCACAGGGUUUCAACCCAUCACCAUUUGGGCCUUCCAUGGCUCCUUUCAACAGACCACCCAUGGGACCGGGACCUGGUGGGCCUGGCACACAACCAAUGCAUCCACCACCAUUUGAUUACCAUGCCCCCUGGGCAGGGCCCCCACCCCCUGUGUCAAGUGCUGGCCCGCCAGGCUUCCCCCUGCCAGACUUCAGCAAGCCUCCCCCAGGCUUCCCCCCUGCGGGCAUUCCCCGCCUGCCCCCACCAGACAUCGACCUCACACCCGCUGUACCAUACUACGAGCUGCCUGCGGGCCUCAUGGCACCUCUAGUGAAACUUGAAGACCAUGACUACCGGCCCCUGGACCCCCGGGACAUCCGCCUGCCCCCUCCCAUGCCCCCCAGUGACCGACUGCUGGCUGCUGUGGAGGCAUUCUACAGUCCCCCCUUCCAUGACAGGCCCAGAGAUAGUGAAGGCUGGGAAAAGCUGGGCUUGUACGAAUUUUUCAAAGCAAAGCAGAAGGCACGAAAGAUGAAAGAACAAGAUGAAGAGUCAAGAAGUAGGUCAAGGUCACGGUCGGGAUCCAGGUCACAGUCUCGUUCAAGGUCGCAGUCAGGUUCUGAGUCUGGGUCAAGGUCAGGGUCACAGUCGCCCAAGAGGGAGCCAUCCCCACCCCCCAGGAGACGCAGAUACAACAGUGACAGCAACAACUCACCAGAAAGGCAGGACAGGUCCAAAUCCAAUUCACCACUUCCAUACCGGCAGUCGAGCAACUCCCCUCCACCACGGAGACGUAGCCCGUCACCUCCCCCGCGGAGACGUGAGAGAUCAAGGUCACCCAGUGAGGAGAGGGAGAGGUCAAAAUCACGCAGCCCUACGCCUCCAAUGUUCUCCACAGAUCAGUUUCUGGCGGCCGCUGCUGCAGCUAAGACCACUGAGAAGCUGGGGGAGGAGAACAAGGGACAUAUGCUGCUCAGAAAGAUGGGUUGGGGAGGUAAAGGGCUGGGAGCCAAGGAGCAGGGCAUUGUGAACCCAAUAGAGGCAGCAGAGGUACGAGACCGCACAGACAUGUACAAAGGCAUCGGCAAUGAACAUGACCCAUUUGAGCAGUUCCGUAAGAACAAGGCCCAGGGCUUCAUCACCCGUAUGCAGGCCAGGGAGAUACCACCCACAGAGGUAAAGAAAAAGCGUCCGGACACCUAGAAGAGACCUUAUGUCAAGAUCUUUAUCUGAAAGAGUGGUUGGCAGAACUUCUGACGACUCUUAGCAGACUUUUUGUUGAAUGAAAAAGCUGCAAGACCAGUGACCCAGACUGUGUCUUAAUAUCACUAAUAAAUGAACAUCGCUCUGGGAAAAAUGGGCUUAAUGCACAUGCGUAAAUUGUUUUUUCAGACUAGCCUGUGCAGACUGCACAGGCUAAUCAGGGAGGACACUUUCUGCCUAGACUUGAUUUUUGUAUAGAAGAGACAUCCUUUUUAAAACAAAUUAACAUUAAAGUGGGAAGUGUCACUUCACAGGCUUAUCUAAGACAACCAUUUAUGCACAAGCAAUAAGCCUGUUUAUCCCAGAGCAAAACUCAUAUUAAUAAAUUGAAGCACGAGUAUCUUGAUAACUUUGUCCUGAUAUCACAUCAGUUCUUGGUAUCUCAUAUGUUUCUUGAUAUCUAUCUAUGACCAAGCAAUUGUGCCUGGGUAAUUGAUAAUAAGUUUUCUAGAUUGCACCAAUAUCAAAAUUACAGGCAAUGCUAUGGAUUUCUGCUUCUGUAUUUGAAGGCAGCAUAUUGCACUUUAUUGGAUUGUAAUUUAUGUUAUCAACAGUCUUUUAUAUUCAUUUCACUUGUGUGUUUGCAUUAGAUUUUCUUAUUCUUUGUCAAGAAUAUCAGAUUUAAAAUAUAUUAUUAUUUGUUCAUUGUUUAAUGUGAAGUGUUGUUAAGACUACUUCUGAGAACUAAAUGUAUCAAUCAAUCAAAACAUAAAUUCUGCAGACAGACUUUCAUUGUUUUGGAACAUCAUUAGUUGUGUUAGAAUUAUUGUGAAUAAAUAAACACCGAAAAAGGA